AUGACGCUCACCUGGUUUCUCUCUCUGGGUCUUGCAGCCCCCCCCACUGUGCGGAUCGUGCACUCGGGCCUGGCGUGCAACAUCGAGGAGGAACGCUACUCGGAGCGGGUCUACACCAUCCGCGAGGGCGAGACGCUGGAGCUGACCUGCCUGGUCACCGGCCAUCCUCGGCCACAGAUCAGGUGGACCAAAACAGCAGGAAGUGCCUCUGACAGAUUUCAAGACUCGAGUGUCUUCAAUGAAACCCUGAGGAUAUCCAACAUCCAGCGACACCAAGGAGGACGCUACUACUGCAAGGCUGAGAACGGCUUAGGUUCGCCAGCCAUAAAGUCCAUAAGAGUGGACGUGUACUAUUUGGAUGAUCCAAUAGUAACAGUCCACCAGAGCAUUGGGGAAGCAAAAGAGCAGUUUUACUAUGAGAGAACAGUGUUUCUCAGGUGCGUUGCCAACUCCAAUCCGCCUGUUCGGUACAGCUGGCGCCGCGGCCAAGAGGUAUUGCUGCAAGGGUCUGAUAAAGGAGUGGAGAUCUAUGAGCCCUUCUUUACCCAGGGAGAAACAAAGAUCCUGAAGCUGAAGAACCUCCGACCUCAGGACUACGCAAACUACAGCUGCAUCGCCUCGGUGAGGAAUGUCUGCAGCAUCCCUGACAAGAUGGUGUCCUUCCGACUCUCGAAUAAAACAGCAUCCCCUUCAAUUAAGCUUCUUGUGGAUGACCCGAUAGUGGUGAACCCUGGAGAAGCCAUCACCUUAGUCUGUGUGACGACAGGAGGGGAGCCAGCCCCCAGCCUGACGUGGGUGAGGUCUGCCGGCAUCCUGCCCGAGAAGACGGUCCUGAACGGCGGCACUUUAACGAUACCUGCCAUCACGUCAGAAGAUGCUGGCACGUACAGUUGCAUUGCCAAUAACAAUGUUGGAAAUCCUGCGAAAAAGUCUACCAACAUCAUCGUAAGAGCCUUAAAAAAAGGACGCUUUUGGAUCACCCCUGACCCAUAUCACAAAGAUGACAACAUCCAGAUUGGGCGAGAGGUGAAAAUCUCCUGCCAGGUGGAAGCCAUCCCUUCUGAAGAGCUUACGUUCAGCUGGUUUAAAAAUGGACGUCCCUUGCGAAGCUCUGAAAGGAUGGUCAUCACACAGACUGACCCCGAUGUUUCACCUGGCACCACAAACCUGGACAUUAUUGACUUGAAAUUCACUGACUUUGGGACAUACACAUGUGUUGCGUCUCUGAAGGGAGGUGGCAUAUCAGAUAUCAGCAUUGAUGUCAACAUCUCCAGCAGUACAGUCCCACCCAAUUUGACUGUUCCUCAAGAAAAGUCACCCCUGGUCACCCGGGAAGGGGACACGAUUGAGCUGCAGUGCCAGGUGACAGGGAAGCCCAAGCCUAUCAUUCUCUGGUCCCGAGCAGACAAGGAGGUCGCGAUGCCGGACGGGGCGAUGCAGACGGAGAGCUACGAUGGGAUCCUGAGGAUAGUGAACGUGUCCAGGGAGAUGACGGGAACCUACAGGUGCCAGACCAGCCAAUACAAUGGGUUUAACGUGAAACCCAGAGAAGCUUUGGUACAGCUCAUUGUACAGUACCCCCCCGCCGUAGAGCCCACCUUCCUGGAGAUACGGCAAGGCCAAGGUCGGAGCAUCACCAUGAGCUGCCGGGUCCUGAGGGCAUAUCCCACCCGGGUCCUCACCUACGAGUGGCGCCUGGGCAGCAAGCUGCUGCGCACCGGCCAGUUCGACGUCCAGGAUUCCACGGAAUACACCGUCGGCAGCCUCUCCCGCGACAGCUACGGCAUCUACAACUGCAACAUCAUCAACGAAGCGGGCGCUGGCCGGUGCAGCUUCCUCGUGACAGGCAAAGCCUACGCUCCCGAGUUCUACUACGACACCUACAACCCCCUGUGGCAGAACAGACCCCGCGUGUACUCCUACAGUCUCCAGUGGACUCAGAUGAACCCCGACGCUGUGGACCGCAUCCUUGCCUAUCGCUUAGGGAUUAGGCAGGCUGGACAACAGCGUUGGUGGGAACAGGAAAUUACAGUGAAUGGAAAUAUUCAAAAGGGAGAAUUAAUUACCUACAACCUAACUGAGCUGAUCAAGCCAGAGGCAUAUGAAGUCCGUCUAACGCCCAUCACCAGAUUUGGGGAGGGGGACUCAACUAUUCGGGUCAUCAAGUAUAGUGCUCCAGUAAAUCCACAUCUACGAGAGUUCCACUGUGGGUUUGAGGAUGGUAACAUUUGCCUUUUCACUCAAGACGACACGGACAAUUUCGACUGGACAAAACAAAGCACUGCCACUAGAGACACAAAAUACACCCCGAACACGGGGCCAAACGCGGAUCGGACUGGCUCCAAGGAAGGUUUCUACAUGUACAUUGAGACAUCACGCCCCAGGCUGGAAGGAGAAAAGGCCAGACUUGUUAGUCCUGUUUUCAGUGUUGCUCCAAAAAAUCCUUACGGAGCUACGAACACAGCCUAUUGUUUUAGCUUCUACUAUCACAUGUAUGGACAGCACAUAGGAAGUUUGAACGUUUACCUGCGGUUGAAAGGUCAGACCGCGAUAGAGAACCCGUUGUGGUCUUCAAGUGGAAAUAAGGGACAGCACUGGAACCAAGCCCGCGUUAAUAUAAACCCCCCAACUUCAUUUCAGCUCAUAUUUGAAGGGAUCCGAGGUCCUGGCAUCGAAGGUGAUAUUGCUAUUGAUGAUGUAUCAAUUGUGGAAGGAGAGUGUAUGAAAUCAGACCAACCGGCCAACAAUUUACGAUCAGGUGCUGUUGGGACAUUAGCACAUAUACGACUUAUCCCAGUUAUCAUCCUCAUGUCUGUCUUAAGUCAUCAGAGGUGACCUUAUCCUGGCAGAGGCUACAAAAGAUUCACCAGGCACUGGCAUGAAGAAAGAGUCUUUGUAAAAUGGACAUUUAAAAACAAACUACCAAAGAUUCCUCCACUGACUGACUCAAAAGUUAAAUAAAUACAUAAAUAAAUAAAAAAAAAAAAUUAAAAAGCACUGGGGACAUAAAAGGCAUCACGGGAGUGUAACUCACUAUGAACCACACGUGAGAACGAGAUCUGGCCUAAGUAAGGAAGAGACCUUCAGGUGCUUUUGUGGUCAAUAAUGAAUACAGGAUCAUCUGGUUGAACUCUCGGAAAAGAGCUAUAGAAACCCUUGUCAAAGCACAAAGUCAUGGCUGGUUUUGUUUCAAAUGAAUAGUUUGCUUGUUACCAUGGAAACCUAAUGGCCUGCCAAAAAAAAAAAGAGAAGGAGAGAGAGAGGAAAUAAAAAACAAAAACAGAGAGAGAGAGAGAAACACCUCACUGUAAACAGGGUAUGUGAAGAGCUGGCAUUCAUUUUCCCUUCAAGAAGGUUUUUAGUAUAGAGUUAAAUAAUUGUAGGCCCUUUCUACUUUGGCUGUCACCUCCCCUAGAGAAUAACCCUAAAUCAGAGCUGUUUUAAGACAUUUAUGUUUCAUUUCUCAUGGCUAUGCUUGAUAACUGUAUGCUGUCUCCUUUUGCAUGCAUUACUAUCCAGGAUGUGCGACCUGGGCUUACAUAUUACACAGGCUUAUCGGAGUUUGCUUGCGGCCACUCGAACACCCCUCUCCCCUCCCCAACUAAGUCAUCUGUUCUAAUGAAGUGAAGAAACCAAACCACCGUCUUUUAUAAAUUGCCAUGGAAACCAAGUGCCUUCAAUGAAACAAGCCUGAUUUAAAAAAAAAAU